AUGUCUCAGGAAGAAGUCAUUGCUAAUGGCUCCGGGUUUCAUAUCAAUCGUGGAGAAAGAAGAUUGGAGGGAAAGGUAGCGUUAAUUACAGGGGCAGUGGGAGGAAUAGGAGAAGUCAUAGCUCGGCUCUUCGUACACCACGGAGCCAAACUCAUUCUGGCCGACAUUUCAGACGAGGGCGGCAGAAAGCUAAGCGAGACUCUGGGCCAACCAGGCGUGGCCACGUACGUCCACUGUGACGUGUCUAACGACCAACACAUGCAAGCCGCCGUAGACCUGGCGGUUACCAUGCACGGCCAUCUCGACAUUAUGUACAGCAAUGCAGGAAUUAUAGACAGAUCGUGCGGAAAUAAGGCUGCGGAUUACGAUAUGGAGGAGUUCGACAGGAUUAUGAGCGUCAAUGUGAGAGGAACAAUGGCGGCGAUAAAACACGCGGCACGUGUGAUGAUCCCUCGUAAAAAAGGCUGCAUAGUUUGUACGGCUAGUAUAGCAGGGAUAACGGGGGCUCUGGCUUCGUAUGCUUAUACGGCCUCCAAGCACGCAGUUUUAGGGUUAGUGAAAAAUGCGGCUGGUGAGCUUGGGAAACAUGGGAUCCGAGUUAACAGUGUUUCUCCCUAUGGUGUUGCUACUGCUAUGUCAGUUGGCACGAUGAAGAGUUUGCAGAAUAAGUUGAAUAUGGAGAGCUUCUGUGAUAGCAUGGCUAAUUUGAAAGGGCAAACUUUGAAAGCAGAGGAUGUAGCAGAGGCUGGGCUCUUUUUGGCCAGUGAUGAAGCAAAAUAUGUCAGUGGGCAUAAUCUUGUGAUUGAUGGAGGAUUUACAGUGGUCAAUCAUUCAUGGCUUAUGUAUCGUUGA